CACAAUACAUAAUUUUAUUAGAUUUUUCUAAUAUAGUUAGAUAUCGCGUUUGAAACGGAAUAGCAGAUGUGACGGAAUACAUUUUAUUGGCAAAACCAUACAAUUCCAGAUAGAGGAAACCGCUUUAUGAGAAUUAUCUUCAAGAAAUAAAUUAUUCCUUUCAACUUGCUGCCGAAAUGAGAUCUUUUUAAAAAAUUUCGGCCUUAGAUAUGCAAUUUUUAUGAUUGCGGUUUCUAAUAUUUGCGGGAGCAUAAUUAUCUUAAUUUAAAAUUUGUGCUAUUUUGGGAAUUGAGAUUGCAUUGCCGAAUAAAUCACCGAUUUGGGUUUUGGUACACAAUUUUGAUUUCCAAUAAAUUGUUUUUAAAACAAUAUUUAAAAUGUAUUGAAAUUUUUUGAGUUUUCCAAUUUCUCAACUGAGAUUUUUCUCCGAAUUUUGUAAAAUUGAUUGAAUAUCUUAAAAUCUAAACUCAAACUAAGAUGUUAACUCCGAAAUUGGAAAAAUUUUGAGAAAUUAAAAAUGACUGCUGGAUCAGGAUAUAAAAAUGAUGGAUAUGAUGGCGAUAUGCCAGUUAAGCCAAAGAAAAGUUUAGCAGAAACGGCAUCACUUCGUGAAAAAGUUUUAUUGAGCCCUAAAGAAAAAUGGCGGAUCUUAAAGAAUAUAUCAAUUAUUUCAUUUGCUUUUAUGGUACAAUUUACAGCAUUUCAGGGUAUAGCAAAUUUACAAUCAUCAAUUAAUGCUACCGAUGGAUUAGGAACUGUUUCUUUGAGUGCUGUUUAUGCUGCACUUGUAGUUUCAUGUAUAUUUUUACCAACAUUAAUUAUUCGGCGGUUGACUGUAAAAUGGACAUUAGUAUGCAGUAUGUUAUGUUAUUUACCCUAUAUUGGAUUACAGCUAUUCCCAAAGUUUUACACAUUGGUACCAGCUGGUAUUCUUGUAGGUUUAGGCGCUGCUCCUAUGUGGGCAUCAAAAGCUACAUAUUUGACUCAAGUUGGUCAAGUUUAUGCCAAAAUUACAGAUCAGCCAAUUGAUGCAAUUAUUGUUAGAUUCUUUGGCUUCUUCUUCUUGGCAUGGCAAACCGCAGAACUCUGGGGAAAUUUGAUAUCAAGUUUAGUAUUAUCAACUGGAGCACAUGGUGGAUCGUCUGGUAAUGAUUCUCAAAGUGAUGAAGAUCUUGAAAGUUGUGGAGCUAAUUUCUGUGCAGUACAAUCUCAUGGUAAUAUAGAAAGACCACCAGAAGAUGAAAUUUUCGAAAUUACAAUAAUUUAUUUGGCGUGUAUUGUUGCUGCUGUCGCAACAAUUGCCUUUUUAUUGGAUCCUCUAUCAAGAUAUGGUGAAAAACGUAAAGGAUCACAAUCAGCUCAAGAACUUUCUGGUAUUGAAUUAUUAUCAGCGACAUUCCAUCAAAUGAAAAAAGCAAAUCAACAACUUUUAAUACCAAUUACUGUAUUUAUUGGUAUGGAACAAGCUUUUAUUGGUGCUGACUUUACACAAGCAUUUGUAUCAUGUGCUUUAGGAGUUCAUCAAAUUGGUUAUGUUAUGAUUUGUUUUGGUGUUGUUAAUGCAAUCUGUUCAAUAUUAUUUGGUUCAAUUAUGAAAUAUAUUGGUAGAAUACCAAUUAUUACAUUAGGAGCAAUUGUUCAUUUUACAAUUAUUACUGUAAUGUUAUUCUGGCGACCACAUCCAAGUCAACCAUUAAUAUUCUUUGCUAUGUCAGGAUUAUGGGGUGUUGGUGAUGCUGUAUGGCAAACACAAAUCAAUGGUUUAUAUGGUCUUCUAUUUAGAAGAAAUAAAGAAGCAGCAUUCUCAAAUUAUAGAUUAUGGGAGUCAAUUGGUUUUGUUGUUGCAUAUGCAUAUGCAACAACAUUAUGUGCUAAUAUGAAAUUAUAUAUUUUAUUAGCUGUGAUUACCUUAGGUGUAUUAGGCUAUGUUAUUGUUGAAAUUAGAUAUAGAAGAAAGCAAAAGAGAAUUAAGAAACAAGAAGAAGAGGCAGCAAAGAAACCUAUCGAUGAUAUUGAUCCUAAAACAACAAUACCUGCACCAUUACCAAUUGAUGCAGUCGAAGAAACUGAUGAUGAAAUGGAUGAUUUAGAAGAAGAUAUUGUUGUUACACAUUUUUAGGAUACAUAAAACAAAGAUGAAAAUCAUAUUAUACAUAUGUAUAUAUAUAUAGAAUAUAUACAUACAUAUACAU